GCACAUAAUUGAGAAUUAAUUACAUAUUGUUGCUUACACACUUUGGUAUUUACAUUUGGUCUGACUAUUUAAGACAAAAGUACUUGUUAAGAAUUUGUUAGAUCACUUAUGUUGGAAAUAGUUAUCAUGUUUGUAAGAUUUAUCAUUUUAUGGUUCUACUUUUAAAUCAUGUAUUGUCUUUUAACCAUUUUACAGAUUGAAGAUCCAGGUUGCUUCUGGGUUAUUAUAAAAGGAUGUAGUCCCUUUUUAGAUCAUGAAGUAGACUACCAAAAACUAAAUACUGCCAUGAAUGACUUUUAUAACAGCAUGUGUCAAGAUAUAGAAAUAAAGCCAUUAAUAUUGGAAGAAGGGCAGGUUUGUGUGGUUUAUUGUCAGGAACUAAAGUGCUGGUGCAGGGCUGUUAUUAAGUCAAUCAUAUCUUCAGCAGACCAUUACCUGGCAGAGUGUUUCCUUGUGGAUUUUGCCAAAUACAUUCCAGUAAAAUCUAAAAACAUCCGGGUUGCAGUAGAAUCUUUUAUGCAGCUUCCCUAUAGAGCAAAAAAAUUCAGACUGUAUUGCACAAAACCUGUUACAUUACACAUUGACUUCUGUGAAGACAAUGCUGAAAUUGUCCCUGCCAAAAAGUGGGAUAGUGCAGCAAUCCAGUACUUUCAGAACAUUCUAAAAGCAACUACCCAGGUGGAAGCCAAAUUAUGUGCUGUGGAAGAAGAUACUUUUGAGGUCUACCUUUAUGUAACAAUAAAAAAUGAAAAAGUUUGUGUGAACGAUGAUCUGGUUGCAAAGAACUUCGCUUGCUAUGUAUCUCCCACAGAGAAGAAAAACCUUGAUGCUUUAGAGAAGCCAAGGUUGGAUAUAAAGUCAGCUUCUUUCUCCAGUAAACUCAAUCCAGCCCUUACUCUUUGGCCAAUGCUAUUGCAAGGAAAAGAUUUUCAAGGAAUGAAAAAGUCACAUGAUUUAGAUUUUCUGGCACAAUCUCUCCAGCAUACCUGGUGCAAGGGUGUUGUCAGUGACCUACGGUCAACUGCUACAAUACUGGAUAGAACUGAAAAAUAUAAUAGGGAUUCUAUGAGAGACUCACCUAAAAAGAAAUCUGAAAAGAAGCAGCAGUGCAUCUCUUUAAAAGAUGUAAAUAAGUGUGUGGAAUCUUCAGCAUGCUGGCCAACGAAAAGAGGCAUAACCAUAUAUGCUGAUCCAGAUAUCCCAACAGCAAGUUCUUUAAGUCAGAAGCCAAAUGAGAAACCACUUAGAUUGGCUGAGAAGAAAGAAUAUGAUGAGAAGAAUGGCUGUGUGAAAUUACUGCAGUUUUUAAAUCCUGAUCCUUUGAGAGCUGAUGGAAUCUCUGAUCUGCAGCAGUUGCAGAAGUUGAAGUCAGGCAUGCAGCAGCCUGUCAUGGUGCUCCGGAACAGGAUUGAUCCCUGUCUGACCAUCGACACGUCACCACUGUCUGCAGACCUGAAAAAGGCUCUUCAAAGAAAUAAGUUCCCGGGACCCAGUCACACUGAAUCUUACUCUUGGCCUCCCAUAGCACGUGGCUGUGAUGUGGUUGUCAUUUCUCACUGUGGAAAUGACCCUUUGUUGUACCUCCCACCGUUGCUUACAAUUUUGCAAACGGGGGGCUGCUACAAGUCAUUACCAAGUAGAAACGGACCUCUUGCAGUCAUCGUGUGCCCAGGAUGGAAAAAGGCCCAACUUAUUUUUGAAUUACUGGGCGACUAUAGCAUGUCCUCCAGGCCUCAUCAUCCUGUGUUAUUAACAAUUGGACUUCACAAAGAUGAAGCCAAAAACAUGAAGCUUCCAAGGGGGUGCGAUGUGAUUGUCACAACACCACAUAGCCUCCUGAGACUUCUCACAUACCAAAGCUUGUUAUUUCUUAGACUUUGUCAUCUGGUGUUGGAUGAGGUGGAAGUGUUAUUCCUUGAAGCUAAUGAGCAGAUGUUUGCUAUAUUAGAUAACUUUAAAAAAAACGUUGAAGUUGAAGAAAGGGAAUCUGCACCACAUCAGAUCAUUGCGGUUGGCAUUCAUUGGAGCAGACAUAUAGAACAUCUAAUCAGAGAGUUCAUGAAUGAUCCCUACAUUGUGAUUACAGCCCCAGAGGAGGCUGCUCUCUAUGGCAACGUCCAACAGGUCGUGCAUCUUUGCCUAGAAUGUGAAAAAACCUCAACUUUACUCCAAGUUCUUGAUUUCACUCCAAGUCAGGCACAAAAGACCUUGAUCUUUACUUGCUCUGUAGCUGAAACAGAAAUAGUGUGUAAGGUAGUAGAAAGCAAUUCAAUAUUUUGCUUGAAAAUGCAUAAAGAAAUGGUUUUUAACUUAAAAAGUGUUUUAGAACAUUGGAAGAAGAAAUUAAGUUCUGGCUCCCAUAUUGUAUUAGCCUUAACUGACGAUUGCAUACCACUCUUGGCCAUCACUGAUGCCACGUGUGUAAUUCACUUCAGCUUCCCUUCCUCACCAAAGAUAUUUGGUGGACGCCUAUACUGCAUGUCAGAUCAUUUUCAGAGUUUAACUGAACAGGGUUCUCCUGCAGAGCAGGGAGAUAAGAAAACCAAAUCUGUCCUAUUGCUAACGGAGAGAAAUGCGAGCCAUGCAGUUGGUGUUCUGCGCUACUUGGAGAGAGCAGAUGCCAAAAUCCCAUCAGAGCUGUAUGAGUUCACCGCAGGGGUCCUAGAAGCCAAAGAAGACAAAAAAGCCAGAAGACCUCUUUGUUCAUAUCUUAAGGCUUUUGGAUUUUGCAAAGACAAAAGGAUCUGUCCUGACAGACACCAUAUUAAUCCAGAAAUAGAUAAGCCAAGGAAAUUAUCCAACCAAGCUCUACCAAUGUUUGGAUACAUUAAAAUAAUACCUUUUUAUAUUUCAAAUGCAACAAAUUACUUCGGUCGUAUAAUUGAUAAACAUGUGGAUCUUUAUGCAAUUCUCAAUGCUGAAAUGAAUGAGUAUUUUAAAGAUUCCAGUAAUAAAACGACUGUCAAAAAGGUGGAAAAUUUUGGAUUGUAUGGACUAGAAGAAAAAACACUUUUUUACAGGGUCCAGGUGUUGGAGAUGAGCCAAAAAGAAGACACUUGGGUCCUGGAUAAUAUCCUUAUAAAAUUCAUAGAUGAAGGCAGGACUGGACUUACCACAAGAAACCAGCUGUUGCAUCUCCCAGAAAAUUUCCAUACUCUUCCUCCUCAGGCCGUGGAGUUUAUUGUAUGUAGAGUGAAACCUGCUGAUGGUGAAAUUGAGUGGAAUCCAAAGGUUACCAGGUACAUUCAUCAUAAAAUUAUUGGAAAAUUGCAUGAUGCAAAAGUGGUACUGGCUUUGGGAAACACAGUUUGGAUUGAUCCGAUGGUACAUGUUACAAAACUUUCAAAUUUGAAAACUUCUGUCAUUGAUUAUAAUGUUCGAGCUGAAAUUUUGUCUAUGGGAAUGGGCAUUGACAAUUCGGAACACAUAGAACAACUGAAAAAAUUAUACAAAGGAGCUAAAAUGCCAAAUUUUGAAGCACACAUAAGCCAACCUCAGACACCUCCAUUAGUAGAAAAUGCUGCUUGUCUGCAGGACACACAGCAAGAGGACAGGAAUGCAGAAAAAGGAGCUGGCUCUGAGUUGAACUCGGAGAACCUAAAGCCCGACACUUUAUCUGAAGACACAGGAGCUGCUUCUGUUAGCAAAAGUGCACAGCCACACCUGAAAAGCUUUCACCCACAAGUAAAGUGGUUCCAAAAAGAAGAUGUCGUCAUCUUGAAAAUAAGAAUAAGGAAUGUAAAUGAUUACAAAUGUAAAUACUUCAGAGAUAGAGUCAUUUUCAGUGCCUGGGUGGGAGACAAAUUUUACUUGGCUGAUAUGGAGCUGCAGGCCAACAUAAGAAAAGAUGAAUGCAAGUGUGUAAUUAAAAAUGAGGAGCCUGUAAUCACACUUGCAAAAGAGAAAAGGGAAUCCUGGUGUAACUUACUCAAACAGAGGAAUCCUAAUGUGGCAUUUGACUUUGAUCACUGGGAAGAAUGUGAGGAAGACAGCCCUUUCUCCAAGAUCAUAAAUUCUAAAAACCUGUCCUGCAAAGUGGCAGAGGUGGUUGAAAACAGUGACAUCACUUCGGAGGAUGACGGAAGUGAGAGUGAAUGAGAAUGUGAAGUAAAUCCAGAAGAAUGGCCGGAAGACUUUGAACAAAAACAUUGCUAAGUGACUGGACUUUAAGAAAACAAGCAGUCAUAGCCAAACCUUUUUGUGCCUGAAGGAUAAAUUAUUACUAAGUGUCAUCUUGUGGCAGUGGAUCGGUACUGGUGAGAAUUCUUAGUUGACUUAACAAUAGGUUAAAAAUUAUGAGAUUGUCGAAGGUGGUGGAAGCAGGAUCUGGAGUCAGAAGCAGAACCCAGAUUGUACAAGAGUCUGCUUCACUGCCUCUAAUAACUCAUCCAGACAUAUACAAAUUUGAACAAGCACAAACCGUGACAUUUGAGAUUUGAAUCUCACCAUAUGCAGUUAGUACUUUUUUUUUUUUUUUUUUUGGUACUAGGGAUUGAACCCAGGGACUCUUAACCACUAAGCCACAUCCCCAGCCCUUUUUAAUUUUUAUUUUUGAGACAGGGUCUUACUAAGUUGCUUAGGGCCUUGCUAAGUUGCUGAGGCUGGCUUUAAACUUGUAAUCCUCCUGCCUCAGCCUCCUGAGCCACUGGGAUUACAGGCGUGCACAACCACGCCUGGCUUUAGUCCACUUCUUUUUUCAUUUAGGCAUUUGGUGGUACAUUGCUUAAAACCCAGUGUUAGGCAUAUGAGACUUCCAUUUUACAAAUAAAUUCAUGUUCAACAACUGCUUAACAGAGCCCUUCAAGUUUGAUUGAAUUAGUCAGGAUUCGCCAUCACUGUGUACGGGUACUAAAACUUUCAGUAUUCUCCAGAUCUUGAUAGCUUCCAAGCAAGUUGAUUUUUUUCCCCAAGACAGUAUGGGAUUGCCUUAGGAAGACCAGAAGACUCAGGGCUUUCUGGAUGUGUCAGUGCUGGUUCUAAAUUGCCCCCUUGGACUUGCAGAGUCCAGGGCAAAUGGGACAAAGUUUUCUUUUUUGGACACUUAAAAGGGACCUUUGCAGUAUCUGGGAGUAACUAUGAGAACACCUGGAUGAAGUGAGCCCUGAAAACUUUCAUGACUUGAUCCUUUUGAAAGGUUGUGGCACCUAGGGUUACCAGCUUCUUGGGAGGAGUAUGUAUAGUCACUGCCACUUAGAUGUAGGAGGCCAGGAGGCAUAGUUGUAGAAUACCCUGCAUGCUUUGUUCAUUUUAAAAAGUUGGGGAGGUGAGCUGUUGGGAAAUUUUAAAUCCUGUCCCUCAAUAUCAGUUUUUCAGUUUAUCCAAGAAGUGGGAAAAAACAUUGAUAGAACAUGACUGUUGAGUGACUGCCCCAAGACCUUUAUUCUUUUUUUUUUUUUUAAACCAGAAGCACAGAUGCCCAAGCUUAUGUACAUCCUCCGUUUAAGCUACUGCUUGAACUGAAGGUAAAUUCUCUCAUCAAGCCAUCCCAUGAGCAGGAUUCUGGCUCUCACUUUUCUCAUCUGUAAAAUAAAAUGCUGAGAUCAUUGCAUAGCCUCCCCUUGCCACAGAGCAUGCCCAGAGUGCUGUUGGGGCAGGCCAUCUUUUUUGUCCAGGGAUUCUGUGAUGGGCACCAACCACUGCACUACAGUCAGAGGAUGAGGUCCAGCCUGAAGAGCUUCCAGGAGCCUGUCCUUGCUGCUGCUAUGACUCUCAUGGUUGGCUGCCAGCUAUCAAAUUGGCCCGUGAAUGAGAUGGCUACAUUGGGCAGGCUCUUCAGGAAGCAAAAAGAUCUGGUGUCUUCUGGCAAGGUUCUACUUUGGUGCUCAUCCUUGUUAGUGUCAGUUUCUGUAGGUUCAGGUAUGCCCCUGCUGAGGGAGGGCUUGGGGCAGUGCCUGCACCUCCAGAGAGCAUCCCGUGGGUACCCACUGGCUGCCCAUCCUCUGUGCUUAGCUGUGUGUAGUCUUUUGUGAACAAUAAUGGCAGGAUCUAGAGCUAUAGAAGGUUGCUUCCCAGUGUUGAUGGCAGGUCCUAUGUCAGGACACGGUGCCAGUUCUUUUCACAGUUCACCAGUAGCUCAGUAGGAAUAUUGAGGGAGAAGGGCUGUAUGUUUAAGUCUCAACUUCUUGUUUCAGACAUUCAAUGUUGCUAAUAUUUGAAGCUCUGAACAAUAUUUCAAUGGACAUAGGAUGCUGACUAUGUAAAGGAUUCAUAAUUGUUUUUCUGUACUGCUAUUAAAAUGUACUGAUUUCUGAAA